AUGUUGUACAACAACUGCUUCGCGCGGUUGCCGCCUACCGCCGCGAUACUGCUUCUCUCGAAUGUUUUCGCCCUGACCGAAGCCGGCGCUCUCCCCCGCCAAACAGAGCAAGCUCAAGUUCACAUCGCCUACCGGACACUGGACGUCCGUAAUUGGCCGCUGGCAACGCCAGCACCAUGGCUGGGUAUUAUGAGGAGGCAGGAUGACAGCACCAACACCGUCUGCGGUUAUCUCGGCGGUGACCCGAAUCUCCCAGCGACAUGUUCAGCUGGCUCACACUGCGCCAUGGAUGCUUCCAUCUCGGCCAUCGGCUGCUGUCCGAACGGUGCCGCCUGUACGACGGGCGUGUACACGAGCUGUGUCGACCAGAACAGCCCCACCCAAACGGCUUCGGAUCCGUACAUCUUCACUUGCCAGGGCUCCAAUGUCUGCUACCGAAACAGCUUCGACGGAGGCGCAUACCAGUAUGGAUGCGGCACGACAAGCCAGGGUACAACUGUCGCUGCCACCGCAUCAGGACUCAGCACGACGGUGGCCAUCACGCACAUCUCGGGUCUCGUCACGAGGCAGGAGACCGCUUCAUCAAGCAUCUCUUCCUCUAGCAGCUCAAGCUCCUCAAGCAGCUCUUCUACAACUUCAAGCUCUUCGAGCUCAACCACCAGUUCCACCACCAGCUCAUCUUCAAGCACCUCCACAACAUCAUCGGUAUCAUCUACCUCGUCGGCGCCAGCAGCUACUAGCAGCGCUCCUCCAGUGAACGCCGAGGCUGCUGCGGCAGGACUGAGACGCAAUGGCGGCAUCAUCGGCGGUGUCAUCGGCGGCUGCGCUAUGCUCGUGGCCCUCGUCUCCGUGGCACUCUGGAUGCGCAAGCGCAAGCGUGGCAACAAGCGUCUUGGUCCUGGCGCCGGUAAAGGUCCCACUUAUGUCCCCCAAACCAACCAAAAGGACUUUGCACCCGUGCCCGGCGGCGAGAUGAUGUUUGACCAAGCAGGCUACGGCCACCCGUCCAUGAUGCCCGGCGCCCACGGCAACACCACCUCCAUCAGCGGAGGCCGAUCCGCCAACACGCCGCCGUCGUCCGCCCCCGGAGGAUAUAACCCCGCCAGCGGCGCCUCUGCGUCCGGCGCGUCCCGAUCGACGGCCGACGAUACCCCGCUCACGCACCAAGGCGAGAUGGCGGAGUUUUCGAGAGGAUACAACGAUGCUGUUGGGCGCGAGGGGCAUAGGGCGACUAGCUCCGGUACGGAUGGCGCGGGACACGGGAGCCCCCAUGGCGCUGGCGCUGGGGCGACGAAUGCGGGUCACAGGCCCGAUGGGUCUGAGGAGAGGCCAUUGUGGCAGCAGAAUCGGAGGCAGAGCCGGAAUUUGAUGUGGAUGUAA